CGAGGGGACGGUAUUGAUCAGGAGGACAGUGCUGCACUUGGGGCUCCGGCUGGUACAAAUAGUCGAUCUGGUUUGUCUCCUACGAUGAUGCAACGAGGUGGAACUGCAAAUUGUUCGUACAGCACACUGUGGUGCAGCUCUUGAUUCUUAUCGAUAUUAAAGUUCAACUGGUACUAGAUCUGUUGUACUUUUCUUCCUCUACGUGGUGUUAAUGUUUUCUCUCAGAUGAAGUCCAAGUACAAGUCCGUCAUUCAUUUUCGAUAAUUCAUCAGGAGCAGCUGAAUAUUCGGACGACAACACUCCGACCGUUGGAGGUGUGCGCCGUUCAGCUUCAGGGGAGUUGUCCGAGCUGAUUUUGUCGGCUGAUGUCGCCGAUUUGCAGGAGAUUGUGGCUGACGUAGUGGCAGAAAAACGCGCUCAACGCACCGUGGGAACAUUCCUGAGCCACAUUUUGAAGCAGACAACGUCAGGUACAGCCACGACCUCUCAAAAACCAGGCUCAGGACCUCGUGUGGAAGAUGCAGAUCACCAGCUACCAGUACAACACGAAAGCAUAUUAAACGAAUCGCCACGACAACUGGUGAAGCCUCGACGGUUCCAACAGCACUUCGAAAACAGUUCGUUGCUAUUGUCCGUUAGUACAGCCAAUCCGCGGUCGCCCUUAGCCGCUGCGGACCCUGCGACAUCUGGGGAAACAGCGACUGGGCUCGAUACGUUCGACACUAUGCUUUUGGAUGCAGUUGCUGCGCGCGGGCUUCUCGAGGAAAACGAGCACGACUGCUCGCUGGACAUCGAUACUCGCGCAGGAGCAUUUUCCUCGCAAGGAGUCAUAGGAGGUGCGACGGGUGAUGACAUACUGUUAGACGAAAGGAGUAGCUCAAUAACAUCGAGAAAAACCAGUCUGGUGGAUCGAAACGCAGACCAAGGAGAAGGAGCAGUGGCCGCUUCCGG